AUGGAAGACCCUAUUUUAUGCGAAAAUCACCUAUACAACAUUGAUAGAGCUAGCAAAAGAGUCAGAAUAUGAACCUAUGAUCUUGACUCAGCUGCAAAAUCGCAUUUUUAUAUAAGCAAAAAUGAAACAUUAAAUUUUGGAACGUCUAUUGCCCUUUUGCCACAGUCAGAAUUAUUCUGCUAUGGAAACCAUGAACCUAUCUCUGGGAUUUCCUGCAUCAUUGAUCUCAAAUCUUGGAAAAUAAAGAAAACUCUACCGUCCUGGACUCCUUGCUACUUUGCAGGGUCAAUUUAUUAUAAAAAUUCAAUUUAUAUGUUUGGAGGCUAUAAUGGUGUUUCACUUUUAUGCCUUGCAUCUAAAUUUGAUAUAAACGAAAAUAAAUGAUUCCAAAUAACACCGCUCCCAAUGGCAUCUUCCCUUUGUGCUUGCACUGUUUUCAAAAAUUCUAUAAUUAUAUGUGGAUAUGAGCACUCAAAAGUAUAUAAAUAUGAUGUCCAAAUUGAGAGCUAUUCAGAAUUGCCUGUUAUAGAUUUACGUCAAAAUUUUCAAAAAAUUUUAUUUGAAAUAAAUUCAAGAAUUUAUAUUCUGAUAAAAAAUGGGAAAAUUUUGGAAAGUGAAGUUGACAAUGAAUACGCAUGGAGUAUUGUUGGAAACUCCCAGUUUGUGUACUAUAACAAUUGUUUCUGAGUAAACCAUAAAGGAUCGAUAUAUAUUAGCUUGCAUUAUUAUCGAGAAAUGCACUGCUACAAGUUUUGUUUGAAGAAAAAAAUCUUGGAAAAUUUGAGCAGCAGCUAA